AUGUCAGUAAAAGUACUGCUACUGUCAGUAGCAAUGGUCGAGGUCGAACCUACCGACGAGGCAAUUUACCUAAUUGAAAUUAACGAGCUUGUUAAAGACUUCCUCAGGCAGAAUGUAAAAGGCAAGCUUGUUAACGGUUGGAUAACGGGAAGGGCUGCCUUGAAUCUCGAGACUUCGACUGGAAUUCCAAUUGAGGUACCAGAAGGCACUCCUUUCGACGACAUAAAGCAAGCAAAGAAGGAAGCCAUUAUAAAGUUCUUUGCCAAGCGUCCUUGGAUACAACUUCCAAACAGAGAGAACCCUUUGGGAAAUAAGAAAUAA